CGGAGCCGCCGCCGCAGCAGCAGCAGCGCCGGUCGCGGGGCGCGCUCGCCGCCCGUCGCGGGAGCUGCAUGUGCGCGGGAGCCGGGGCGGAGGAUGGCCGUGCUCAAGCUCGCCGACCAGCCUCCACUGGUCCAGGCGAUUUUCAGUGGUGAUCCAGAAGAGAUACGGAUGCUGAUCUACAAAACUGAGGAUGUCAACGCCUUGGAUGCCGAGAAAAGAACGCCCCUUCAUGUUGCAUCAUUCCUGGGGGAUGCAGACAUCAUUGAGCUCCUCAUUUUGUCAGGAGCUCGUGUCAAUGCCAAGGACAACAUGUGGCUGACUCCUCUCCAUCGAGCAGUUGCUUCCAGAAGUGAAGAAGCCGUGCAGGUGCUCAUCAAGCACUCGGCCGACGUCAACGCCCGCGACAAGAACUGGCAGACCCCACUGCACGUGGCAGCCGCCAACAAGGCAGUGAAGUGUGCUGAGAUCCUGAUCCCCCUGCUGAGCAGCGUCAACGUGUCGGACCGCGGCGGGCGCACGGCACUGCACCACGCCGCGCUCAACGGCCACAUCGAGAUGGUGAACUUGCUCUUGGCCAAGGGGGCAAACAUCAAUGCUUUUGACAAAAAGGACAGAAGAGCUCUUCACUGGGCAGCGUACAUGGGUCACCUGGAAGUUGUUGCCUUACUGAUUAAUCAUGGUGCAGAAGUGACUUGUAAAGACAAGAAGGGUUACACCCCACUUCAUGCAGCUGCAUCCAAUGGGCAGAUUAACAUUGUGAAACAACUCCUUAACCUGGGGGUGGAGAUUGAUGAGAUGAACAUCUAUGGAAAUACUGCACUUCACAUUGCCUGUUACAACGGUCAGGACUCUGUUGUUAAUGAGCUGAUUGACUAUGGUGCUAAUGUAAAUCAGCCUAAUAACAAUGGAUUCACCCCCUUGCAUUUUGCUGCUGCCUCCACUCAUGGAGCACUGUGUCUUGAACUGCUAGUGAAUAAUGGGGCAGAUGUUAAUAUUCAGAGUAAGGAUGGGAAGAGCCCCCUGCACAUGACAGCUGUCCAUGGGAGGUUCACGCGCUCGCAGACGCUCAUCCAGAACGGAGGGGAAAUUGACUGUGUAGAUAAGGAUGGUAACACCCCUCUGCACGUGGCUGCAAGAUACGGACACGAGCUUUUGAUCAACACCCUCAUAACCAGCGGAGCCGAUACUGCCAAGUGUGGGAUCCACAACAUGUUCCCUUUACACUUAGCAGCACUGAAUGCCCAUUCAGACUGCUGCAGGAAAUUGUUGUCAUCGGGACAAAAGUAUAGCAUAGUGUCCUUGUUUAGUAAUGAGCACGUGCUGUCUGCAGGCUUUGACAUAGACACCCCCGACAGCUUCGGGAGAACGUGCCUGCACGCGGCCGCUGCCGGAGGUAAUGUAGAAUGUAUAAAACUCUUGCAAAGCAGUGGAGCAGAUUUUAAUAAGAAGGACAAAUGUGGAAGGACACCUUUGCACUAUGCAGCUGCAAAUUGUCAUUUCCACUGCAUUGAGACCCUGGUGACAACAGGAGCCAAUAUUAAUGAAACAGACGACUGGGGACGCACCCCUUUGCACUACGCUGCUGCUUCUGACAUGGACAGAAAAAGAAAGAAUAUUUUAGGUAACUCCCAUGAAAAUGCUGAAGAACUUGAAAGAGCCACUGAGAUGAAGGAAAAAGAAGCUGCAUUGUGUCUCGAGUUCCUUCUCCAGAACGAUGCCAACCCCUCCAUCCAGGACAAGGAGGGCUACAACACCGUGCACUACGCGGCUGCCUACGGGCACCGGCAGUGCCUGGAGCUGCUUCUGGAAAAAACCAACAAUAUAUUUGAGGAAUCUGAUUCUGCAGCUACAAAAAGUCCUUUGCAUUUAGCUGCCUAUAAUGGUCAUCAUCAAGCUCUGGAGGUGCUUCUGCAGUCUCUGGUGGAUCUGGAUAUCAAGGAUGACAAGGGACGCACUGCCCUGGACUUGGCUGCAUUCAGAGGACAUGCCGAGUGUGUGGAAGCUCUCAUCAGCCAGGGUGCUUCUGUCACUGUAAAGGACAAUGUCACCAAAAGGACCCCCCUCCACGCCUCAGUCAUUAAUGGCCAUACACCUUGUUUACGGUUGUUGCUGGAGGUUGCAGACAACCCUGAUGUGACAGACGCCAAAGGACAAACUCCAUUAAUGCUUGCAGUGGCAUAUGGGCACAUUGAUGCUGUUUCUUUAUUACUUGAAAAAGAAGCAUCUGUAGAUGCAGCUGAUCUCCUGGGAUGCACAGCUUUACAUCGAGGGAUCAUGACUGGGCACGAAGAAUGUGUUCAGAUGCUGUUAGAGAAAGAAGUCUCCAUUUUGUGUAAGGAUGCCAGAGGCAGGACCCCUCUGCACUUCGCAGCAGCUCGGGGUCACGCCUCGUGGCUGAGCGAGUUACUGCAGGUGGCACUGGCCGAGGAGGACUGCAGCCUCAAGGACAACCAGGGCUACACGCCCCUGCACUGGGCUUCCUACAAUGGUCAUGAAAACUGCAUAGAGGUACUAUUGGAACAAAAACUUUUCCACAAGUUCUAUGGUAAUAGCUUCUCUCCAUUGCACUGUGCUGUAAUCAAUGAUCAUGAAAACUGUGCAUCACUACUCAUUGGAGCCAUCGACGCCAGCAUUGUCAACUGUGAGGAUGACAAAGGAAGGACUCCCCUGCACGCCGCAGCCUUUGCUGACCACGUGGAGUGCCUGCAGCUGCUGCUGAGCCACAGCGCGCGCGUGAACGCGGCCGACCGCGCGGGCAGGACGCCGCUCAUGAUGGCAGCGCACGGCGGGCACCUGGGCGCCGUCGACUUUUUGGUGAACAUCGCCAAGGCUGACCUGACAUUAAAAGAUAAGGAGUUGAAUACAUCUUUGCACUUGGCUAGCAGUAAAGGUCAUGAAAAAUGUGCCUUGUUAAUACUUGACAAGAUCCAAGAACAGAGCCUUAUUAAUGCAAAAAAUAAUGCAUUGCAGACACCUCUUCAUAUUGCUGCACGAAAUGGCCUAAAGAUGGUGGUUGAAGAGUUGCUGGCCAAAGGGGCCUGUGUCCUGGCAGUAGAUGAAAAUGGUCAUACGCCAGCCCUGGCUUGUGCUCCUAACAAAGACGUGGCUGACUGCCUGGCACUCAUUUUGGCUACCAUGAUGCCUUUUUCUCCCUCCAGUUCAGUGACGGCUUUCAACUUCGCUUGUUUUAAAAAAGACAAUUUGGGCAGGACGCACCUCUGCGAUGGCUCCGCUGUGGGCACCAUUAACUCUUAUGAUAAGCCCUUGAGUAAUAACAUAGGAACAGAGGAUGGGUACAAUGAAAAUGAUUCGGAUUCUGAAACAUUUUGACUCAUUGGUAUUCGAAAACUUUUUUCGUUAUUGUUUCGUUUUAGCUUUAAUUUUUGUCUUUUUAAACAGCUUAAAUCCCACGGUUAUAUUCUUAACUAUUAUUCUUGACAAGUAGUUAUUGAAAGAUUUGUAGUGCUGAUGAGAAUCUAGCCUUUAAAUAACAAAAUUAGAGGGAUUUACUGGAACAUAUUCCUAAUAGAGUUCUGCAGCUUUUCAGUUUCCUGAUGUUUUCUUUAGGCCCAAAGUGCCCCUGUGGAAAGUCUCUACCUCUUAUUUUAAGUAGAAAAAGAGAAAAUGCCUUUUUUCUUUUUGACAGCACAAAUAAACACAGAACUGUUUGUAAAGAGUUCUUUCAUGUUUUAGCUGCACCUUUAGUGCACAAUCCUAUUUCCAGCAUAACCUUCACAGAUUCGAGCAUCACUCCUUUCCUAUGUUUGUCUGUUUCCUGCUUCCAGGGGCUCUGUUAAUUAGAUAAUUUUUUUUCAUGAACCAAAGGUAAAGUUGUAAUCUUAAAACUGCCUGUAUUACUUUUCUACAGGAAAUGAAACCUUUUACAUUCUGCCUGUAUUAAGCACUUAAACGUACGGAAGGCACUUUUUACAGUUCGUAGUUGCAGUACACAAUUAGAAAAAUGUAGUUGUUAACUCUGAAGGCCAAAUUCUGCUCAUCCCACCAUAUUUUUCCCAUGAACCUCACUUCUGUAAAAUGCUAAUCACUUGGCCCUUAUUUUUUUUCAAUUCAGCACAAAUGUUUAUUUGCACUACAGAAUUAGGGUCAUUAGAUGUUUCUGUCACCUGAGCCAUUAAUCAUGAAUCCAGUACCAGUAAAAAAAGGGGAGAGCGGGAGAAAUCAUGUGUAGACAAAGGUGUAUGUAAAAGUUUCUAAUGAUUUGCCAACUUAAAUGGCGCUUUUUUCCUUUUCUAUGGUUAAAUAAUUUAUUUUUACUGUUAACAGUAUUGAAUUUUAAAAUACUUUUGCCAGUGUUUGGAUUAACAGAGCAAAGGUAAAGCAAUGAAAGCGUAUCACCAAAAGUUGAAAUACCAAACACCAGAAACACAACAGUGUACCGUGUAGGGGACCAGAGACAGAUGCUAAAAAAGCCUUUUGUCACCAGCUUUUAAAGCAGUGUCAACUUUGUGAAUAUGUUUACUCCUUCUGCCAAAGUUUCUAGGUCAAAUGGACCCCGACCCUCCUCUGCAGCAGAUGUACAAAAGGAAGAAUGAGACUUUGUAAACAAAAACAAAAAACACAAACAAAAAACUAUCAUGAACUAACCAGCCGUACCAAGAGGACCAAAAUGCUUCAGUAAUUCAGUUGAAGACUUUGCUACUUUUAUUUUUUUGUUCAAAUGUGAGUGACAUAAUGAAGUAGUUUUUUCUAAAUGAUAAAAAUAUAAACUUUUGAGGUAAAAUAGUCUUGGGUGAAUUUUACAUUUUAUGACACCGGUUUCAAGUUGACAUUUUUAACUGAUGAUGUGUUGACCACAGGUGGGUUUUUUUCCCAGACUUUAGAAUAUGUUCAUAUACUUUUAAUGUAAAUGUGUUUCUAUUUAUUUGAGAUGAAACAAAUGCCCAGGAAAAAUCACUAUGGCUUGUUCUCCUAGUUAGCAUUCAUGCAUACUGAAAUGAAAUGUGAAUCUGGCAAGACUGAGGGCCUGAGGAGCAAAAAGGAAGGGUGGAUGCACACCGGGAGAGUGCCCAUCUUGUAUGGAAUGCAAAGGUCCACUGGCUGUGUUGGGAAAAAGCAGAAAACAAAACACUUUCCUUUGUUUAAGAGUUUAAGAAGGAUGCAGCCCCUUGCCAGACAGGUGAGAAAACCCACACAGCUGUGGCACAGCAUGGAGUCAGGUGUUGUGUUCCUGUCAUUCCACUCAGCUUGUCUCAGGCCUGUGUCUGUGCUGGGAGGGUGAGAUCAGCGUCCUCGGUGCUCGCUUUUGGCAGCGUAAAGGAAAAGUAAGGAUUGGAGUUUUAGUUGCAGUUUUUGGCCCUGUUCUGCUGGAUUGUUGAAAAUCUAUUGGCAGAUUUCAGUCCUUUAAUUAGGAAGAAAAAAAUAAAUAUUAAUUUUAUUUUGCCUUACUAAAAUUGAGUAUUUUUUUCCUUGAUCGUUAGCAAUCUUCCAAAGUUUACAACAAAAAAAACACCCUUUUCUCUCUACUCUGUAGUUCCUAAAGUAGAAUGACAGAGAAUCUGCAACCUUGCUUUUCUCCUCAGAAAUAGCACCAAAAAACAUUUUAAUUGGUUUUUCUUAGCAUUUUUGCUUUUAAAAGUUGCAGAACAGCAAUAACCACCUUACUUAAAACACUGAAAAUAAGAGGAGAGAGCAGUUAGAAUUUUCAGUGGUGCCUGUUCCAAAAUGAAUAGUAAUCCCAACUUUUGGGGUUUUUUUUAAUAUAGAAGGAUGGCAUUGAAAACAAACAUAUGGGAAAUAGCUGCCACCUGUCUAACAGCAGAAUCAGCAUUUUAAUCUUAUUUUAAGCAGAAAUGUAGGCAGGUUCCUUGGCAGGAUUACUUGUAAGUCUCACCCUGAAAUACAGAAAAUUACGUUAUCCUACAUGACAGUGCUUCAUUAAGAGAAAACCAGCCCUCUUUAUAAAAGGUUGUUAUAUUAUUUGAAGCAGCCAUUUAAAAAGUCUCAGUAUUUUCACCUGCUGCCCAUACAGUUACCAAAACUUUUUCUAAUUGCAAUACCUGGUAACACUGGUAAUUGUGGAGUGCAACAGCUGCUGCAUCCCAGAAGCAGAGGUGAUUUAUUUCUGAGUCACGCUGGUCCUUCCAGGAGCCAAAUCCAACCUUUAGCCAUGAAACUCCACAAUGGUGCCAGGAUGCAGCCUUCCAAAAAGCACAGGAAUGUAGGCUGUGCUCACCUCCAGGGCACUGCACAGGUCGUGUUUGAGGGCGCUGGAUUCAGCAGGAAAACUGCCACAAGCGAGACACUGGGAAGUGCUCAGUGUUGGCCUCUCCCACAUCUCAUGUGAGUUACCAGAAUCCUUUUUUUUGUAUGCUAGCACAUCAAUCUGUAAUUUAUCACAUGUAGAAAUCAAUGUGUAGUUUAGGGCAGGUAUAUAAGCAUGCGAGUAAUGUUACUCUUGUAAAUAAUCUCCUUGCCUUUCUGUGGACUCCUUACAAGAGUAAUCAUACAGAAUCGUUGCACUUAACCCUGGAUUCUGCAGCUUACACACGUGGGCAGCUUCUGUGUCUGCACCCAGCAGAGGGCACCUGGGCAGGGGCAGCUCCGUGCCCGGGUGUGCUGGCAGGAUCGUUUCAUCCUGUAUUGUAACCACAGCUGCAGGCGGAAUCCAGAGCAGGACGGGCUCCCAGGUCUCUCUCACAAAUACUGAGUUACAACCUCCGGACUGCCUGAAAUAGCUGUGAAAUAGCUCAGGGGAUUUCUGUUCAUCGCUACUAAAAGGGCACCAUAAUGUGUUUGGUACUUUUAUGCAGUCAACAACUGCCAGGUUAUUGAAUUAGAACAAACACAUGAAAUGAAUUGUUUAUCCAUUGUACUGUUGAGAAACUUGGUUAUGUAUUUGAGGAUGAUUUAAAAAAAUUUUGUGAUUUUUAUUCUUAGUCAUGUAAGAAAUAUUAGAGUGCCUUUUUAUAUUUGUGUAUAAUGGAAAUGUUUUGUGAAACUUGUCUUUUUUUUUUUUCAUUUGAGUGUUAUAAAAGCAAUAUAUUACCAGUAAAUUUUCAUUUCAGACCUUCUUUGAAUGUAUAAAGUGUUUCUUCUUUUCAUAUGUUCUACCUGCAUUGAAAUGAAAAUUAAUAUGCUAAAUUUCUAUAGGAAUAAUGUAUAAUUUUCGCAGUGCUGAAAAUGCUUUCUUAUUACACAAAAAGUAAACUUAGGUCAGUGUUAUAGGAAAGGGCGUUUUAAACUAGUGACAAUCUUGAGUGUGUGUAUAAAAUGUAAUUUUAUGCAUUUCUUAUGCAGUGAUCUACAUAUUAAAGCCAAUAUCUUAUGUUUUGUAGGUUUUGUCUUAUAUUUUAUGCUUUAGCAUGUGCAAUAUAUCUUUACAAACCAUGGUGAUACGCAUCUGGUGCCAGUGUUAUAUUUUGCAUAACAUUUGUAAUAAACUAUAUAAAACAUUGUUUGAUGGUUUCGGUGGGGUUUUGUCAGUAAUGUUUGCUUUUGUAAAUUGAAGUUUUAGGACUUGGGUAAAUGUCACAUAUGAAAUGAGAAAAAAAAACUUAAUUCAUUGAAUGACUUGGAAUUCAACCUGAAUCUUCUCAAGCACAGUUUAGUAACUUUUUAAACUACUGAAUGCUGUAUUAAUGUAAUAAAGAACCCUAACUGUAAACUACUAUUGCAAUGCAUUCAGAUGGUUAUUUUUACAAAUAAAAAUGGUACAAAUACAGUGGAAAA